CUUCCUGCUCAAACAAGUUGCGCUUCAACAAGACAAACUCAGAAACACCUGAAAUCCUUAAUAAUGAUCUUCAGCUCAUGUGUUUUCACUGUGUUGUUCAUCAGUGUGAAGGUGACUGGUGACUGGCACGAGAUGAAAACUGUGAUGGAGGGAGACGUUCUUAAUCUACCAACAGGAAAAACUGAACCCAGGAGUCUUGAAGACGUGAUGUGGCUGUUUGAAAGAGGUGACCGAACUUUCCGUAUUGCACAGAUGUAUCAAGGAUUUUCACCCUUUUAUGAUAAGAGUCUAACAGACCGAGUGGAGAUGGAUCCACAUACAGGAUCUUUGAGCAUCUAUAACAUCAGCACCACUGAAUCUGGACUCUACACAGCAUCACUCACCAUUAAUGGAUUUGUCACAAGGAAGAAGAUCAAAGUUGAUGUUUAUGCAUCAGUUUCUCUUCCGGCUGUUAGCAACUCAUUUACAGACACCCAGACUCAAGGUACAUCACAGGAGAAGUAUGAAUUCUGCUCUGUUGUCUGCUCUGUGAAAAAUGAUCGAGACGUCUUCAUCUCAUGGUAUAAAGGAGAUGAAAUAGUGAAUCACAGCAGUAGUUCUGAUCUCAGCAUUAAUCUCAGUUUACCUUUAAAACUUCAUUAUAAUGAUACAGAAUCAUACAGCUGCACCGCUGCAAACCCAGUGAGCCAUAAAAGCAUCCGUCUACACAUGAAACACCUCUGUCCACAUUAUGAAGGUAAAAUAACACAGACGUACAUCAGGAAGUCUCUUCCUACCACAACCACAUUUGUGCCACUUCACACAGACAAACUGUUUCCUGGUAAAGAGAAUGUGUAUAAGAAUGACUCCAGCAGAAUCUUUUCAUCUACAGACUGUCUGAAGCAUUGUGGAGAUGUUGAAGUUCUGAUCCGCUUGAUUCUGUCUGCUCUGGUGGGACUUGCUACUGUUGUGUUUCUGCUUGAACACAUGUACUUCUGGUCUGUUCAGGGAAGACUUUAAGAGUUUAGUCAAAUGAGACGGUCAAGACAGAGACAGAAACUUCUUCAAGACCACAAUCUUUAUUUGUAAUGAUAAAAAGCGGAUCAAAUUAA